GGGUAAUUGGUCGUUUAAGCAACAUGAGUUGCUUGACUUUCUUCGAUCAGGUCUGUUGGAUUCGGACUAUUUUUAGAAAUGACCCACUUUCGUUUUAUAUAUAUCCUAGUCACUGCAUGAAACGCUUGGAGCGCUGGAUCUGGACUAAUGACACACCCAUUUUUCCGAUUGAUACUAACAGUUCUUAAGACACGUCCACCAAAACAAACUGCAGGUAGCACAAUGUGGGAGUAAUACAGAAGUUCUGAUUGCCCAAUUUGCCCUCUGUGUUGGUUUUGUGACUUACUUGCUGAAUUACAUGUUUAUCGCUGUUGAGACUGUUAUCCUUGAUUAAGAACAACGAUGACAAAUCCUGGACUCAUGGAGACCAUUACUGGUCUUACAAAAGAGAAGAUUCACCACACCAUUAUACAAAGGGAAACAACUCACAUUGAAGUUUUGAAAGAAUGCCAUUUAGUGAAGAAAGGAAGAAGUGCGAAGGAAAUUGCUGCUUCUGUGCUGGGCAUUGGUUUGGAAGCAGGAGAAUGGAGAAAAUUGAAUGUUGAAUUUGUGUCUGUUUGUCGUUUUGUUUUAGAAAUUGACAAUCCAUGGGUGGAUGAACUUCAUAUGUUAAGUCUUGUAGAUAGUGUAGAAAAGGAAUGGAUUCGUCUCACUGAGAAAAUUCACGGAAAGGAAUUAAAGCCUUCAGAAUACUAUAGAGGAAAACCCUAUGAAGAUGAAAUCAGAGAAUAUGGAGACGAAGGAUUUCAGCUGAAGAAAAUUGAGGAACAGAUGGAAGCUUAUUUUCCUAUUGAUGACACUAACCCUGACAAGAGCAAGCUUCAGAAAUGUGUUCACAAAUUGCAGAAUGAGUGUAACAGGUGUUGGAUUGAAGGCGACGAAUUUGGAGGAUAUCUUAAAGGACCAGAGUGCAAGGUUCCUUAUGUGUUUGGGACAGAAAACAUGAUACGAGUCCUUCGUACACUCAUGCACAGCUUUGAAAAACCAUCAGAAGGAAACCCAGAAUGUUUUGAAUCAUUGAAAGAGAUUAAGGGAGAUUUAGAUAAGCUGAAGUUUGAAUUCUGCUGCAUCUGUGUAUCUCAUGAUAGACAGCUUGUGAAGAAAACUGGAAUAAAAGACACAGAUCAGAAGCGGAUCCUGGAAGCACUAAAAGAGUUGGAUAAGACACCAUUGAAUAAGUCUGAAAUCAUCAGAGCUCUCACCAGACAUUCUGUUGGAAUUCUGCAUUGGCAGAACCACUGCCAGGCGACUGUUACAUGUGUGGGAGAAAAUACUGUGUUAGCUCCAGCGCAUAUAUUUGAACAGGAUAAAUCAGAAAUAUGGAAUCACUUACUGCUGAUGUUUAGUGAGAAAUAUGUCGAUUCUGACAUGAAGGCGUUAAACAAGGCACAAGAAGCAGUACUCCAUCAUCUGAGGCAGCGGAGACAUGAUGAUGAAAAGAAAAUGUUCUCACGGAAAUUGUUUAAGGAGUUUAUCACAAGUGCUUUGGAUAACAUCAGAGAUUUGGAAAAGAAGACAUCUGAGGAAAUUGUAGAUGAAAUAUGGGAAAAUUUGGAAAAUGAUGACAAAUCAUCUUCUACGGGAACAUGGGAUCGAGUGCAAUCGUAUUGUCAAGAAUAUUUCGCAUCCAAAAGAGAGGAGCAACAGGAAGAGGAAGCACAACAGAAAAGGAAGAAAACAAUCAAGAAGAUGUUUUGUCAGCUGAAGCAGAGGAGACACAAUGAAGUUGCAGAAAAGAGAAAGUUUUCAACGAAAUUUGUAGAGUUUAUUAAAGAUUUUGAUUUGGAUUCACUUAACAUCAGAACAAUGGAAGCGAAGAAAACUGAAGUAUUAGAGGAGAUGAAAGAUGAUUCACUUAACAUCAGAACAAUGGAAGCGAAGAAAACUGAAGUAUUAGAGGAGAUGAAAGAUGAAAUAGAAAAACUUGAAAAUAUUAAGGAUGAGGACCUUGUGAACUUGCAGCCAAAUGAGAUGAGGAUACACACAAACUACACAAAGGAUGUUCAUGACCACUUUAGAGAAAACUGCUGCAGGUAUUAUGUGGACAAAGUGUUGCUGAUGGAUCAUGUACACGAUUUUGCUUUGCUUAGAAUUGCUGAAUCAGGGAAUUUAAAAGAAGACCAGGAACUAUUCAGCAGCCAAAAGCUAGUGCCCAUGGCAAUUGAUUUAACAAGAAACAACAAGGAUCACAUGUAUGUUGCAGCUCAUCCCUUCAGGAGGACUUUAACUAUCGAGAACUUUGUAAAACUUCUUGCUAAUGAUGAAAAAAAGAAAUUUGUUGUAAAUUUUCAUAUUCAUGCGCUGAUGCAUGCAGUAUCAAGAAACAAUGAUGUAAUACUUAGACAUAUCCCCGAGUCUUUGAAGAAAAGGGUCCCUUGCAGUGUUUACAGGCACAAGUAUGAAAUGGAUGAUGAAACAAAGUGUUUAAUAAAAAGGAGCUACAGUGAAGGAGAUCUUUACCAUCACAAAGCAGACAAAAAAACACGAAUAAAAGUAAAUGCCAAAAGCCAAUUCUUUGUAUGUGAGGGAACUGAGUUGAAGGCAGAACUACCAGAAGCUGAGAAGGAGUCGACUUCUAAAAAGUUGCUGAUCUCGGUGGACAGCUUGAACAUUGAUGAUUGGCGGGAAUAUAGUUUGAAAGAGUUUAGUCACUCUGGAAUGCCAAAGAGAAAAAGCUUACAGAUACCAAUUCCAGCAGCAGCAGCAGGGUCUUCCAAGCCCUACAGGAUGAUUAUUACAUCAAGACGUGAACAAACAAGCAUUGCUUGUGAGGUAACUGCUGACGGUGGAAAAGAUGGAAAAGGCAGUUUGAGAUUGAAAAAAUUGGAUUGUGCCCUUGUUGUAGUAGAAAAAACUAGGCCUUUAUAUUUGUCUGUUGUGUGUGAACAAGUAUAUGUACCAUUAGAAAUCACAGAUGGUAUACUUUAUUUGAAAUCAGAGAAGGGAUUAGAGAAAAUGGAAGGUAAAGGAAAGAUGGAUUGGGAAAAUAUAGAAGCUAAUUUUCAACACAAACCUGAUGGAAAAAAAUCCCCGGUGUACUCUCUAAGGUUGGGUGAAGCAUGUCAUUUGCAUGAUGUUUCAUUUACACUACAGAAAGAUAGCAUGGGGAAUCUUUCGCUGCAUUACAGUUGUAUGAAAGGAAAGGUUAAGUAUGGUAGUGAAGAGUUUCUUUUGUGUUUGGAGAAAGAGGAACUUGUCAAAAUUGUAUUGGAGGAGGACGAGAAAAAUAAUUCUUGCAAAACUGUGAAAAUAAAUUUACCAAUAUGUGACACACCUAACGAAGAUCAAUGCUGUUUACAAGAUCAAGAUCCCAACAUGGAGGAGAGAUCUGCAGAUAAUGACAAGGGGGGGAAGAUGAAAAGGAAAUGGGGAAGAUAUUUUAGAGAGAAAAGAAAAGAAAGCAUUCGUCUAGAAAGAGGAAGUGAUGACAAAUGGUCAGUGAACAUUCUGAUGAAACGGAAACUGGAUAUCAAAAGCACUGAUAGGGAGACAAAGUUUAGAUACUACAAUCUGAUUGUGACAAAGGAUGGGGAAACACUCACAUGGAGAGCUGAGGGACAGAAAUCGAGGACAUGGAAAUUGUCUGAAGCAGGCCAAGAUUUGCCCUAUUUUGUUUGGCCUACUGAUUCUUUGUCUUCCUGCUUUCAAUUUCAGUUUAAAAGAGAAAAAGAGUCGCUAGUCACUCUUUCAUUUAACACAUCAUCUGACAAGUACAGAAUUUUACAAUUUGAUUCAAAUGGGAGAAGAGAUUACAAGCAUUUAAUUCGACAAGUGAAUACAGCAAGUGCUCCCACUGUGUCUGGGGACUUAUUUUAUAUGGAGCAUGUUAGGCUGGAGAAGAUUUCCACUGCUGAUAAAACUAGGCGAUUUGUAGAAACCUUGAACAGAUCAUUAAGUGUUGAUAAUCUGAAGGAAAAAAUCAUCACUAAGGAGGUUAAGGACGAAGGGGAAAAAAUAUACAUGGAAAGUGACAAAUUUGAUCACCUCAAGUUGAUUGACAUGGAGUAUGGUGCCUCUGGUGGAGCAUGUUGUUACCUUGACAACCAAGGUCAGGUGAUCUUGCAUGGUAUGUUCCUUGGAGCGUGUCCAUCAUUUUACUAUAAUGAUGAUGAAAGUAAAGUAUUCUUCCACAAGACUGGAACAUGUAUCAACAAAAUUUUACUCUCAAAAACCUUGGAUGAAAAUCUAAAGAAAAGGGGGAUUAAAAUCAAAGGACUCCACGUAAUUCAAUCUCAGUCCUGAAUUCAAAGUUUGUCACUGGAAACAAUAGAAAAUGCUGGAAAAUAUUAUGGAACAAAUCGAAUGGAUAUUGAUUAAUUGUGUACUUUUAUCAGAGUGCUUCACAUACAUGAGAUUUACCUAAUUAUUUUUCCAUGGUGAUUUUUGUCCCCCACCGCAACGCGGAAGGGGACAUAGCUAGAAAUACCGGUGUCCGUGCGUGCGUGCGUCCAUCCGUCCCACUUCUUUUUGUGGACGCAACUCCUCAGAAACCGCUUAACGGAUUUUGUCCAUAUUAUUAGGAUUGUUAGUCACCAUGUGUAGUUGAUCAUAUUGUGCUGCCAUUUUGAUUCGACAAUUUUUACAGGAGUUAUGGGACUUUGUUGAAUUUGUACGUGCUACACUACAGAAACACUUUGUGGACUCAACUCCUCAGAAACUGCUCACUGGAUUUCAUUCAAAUUUUGUAGGAUUGUUAGUCACCAUAUGUAGUUCAUCAUAUUCCGCCAUCAUUUUGAUUCAAUAAAUUUUACAGGAGUUACGGAACUUUGUUGAAUUUGUACAUGCUACACUAUAGAACCUACGCUUUGUGGACGCAACUCCUCAGAAACCGCUCAACGGAUUUUGUUCAAAUUUUGUAGGAUUGUUAGUCACCAUAUGUAGUUCAUCAUAUUGCGCCGUUGUUUUGAUUCGACAGAUUUUAGUACAGGAGUUAUGGGACUUUUGUGCUUCAACUUUUUUUCCGGUGGUGGGGAACAUGGCUACGUGUAGCAAUCUUGUGAUAUUUCAAAGAUAUAUGCAAUUUGUUUUGUAAAGUGUGAUUAUCUACUGUGAAUACAUUUUCCUUACAUCUAAUGAUCACUUGUGUCUGUAUUCUUAGUAUUCAUUUAUCAUACAUUUAUAUUGGUAUAUAUUCUUAGUAUUCAUUUAUCAUACAUUUAUAUUGGUAUAUAUUCUUAGUAUUCAUUUAUCAUACAUUUAUAUUGGUAUAUAUUCUUGUAUUGCUUAGAUUAUUUUCAUAGAUUUUUGACUAAUUAUAGGGAAAAUAUGCCUGCUUUUGACGGUGGAAGUAAUACAUUUGCACACAAUUUUGUUUUGAUUGAAUAUGUCACAGAAGUCUAUUUCUUUACAGAAACUGGAGUUUAGUGAUUUUUUUUAAUGGGCUACAGAGCAGACAAGAAAGAUAGAAAUGAGUUUUUUAUGUCAUUUGUCUAUCUUUGUGGGUGGAAUAAUCUCAACUGAAAUAGACCUAACUUUCUUAAAUUUUUUGGUUAUUUUUGUAAUAAUAUAUGACUCCAACCAAAAAGGUGCAAGUCAAUGUAAUCCCUUCAUCUAGUGCAUGCACUGCUUCAGAGGCAAAACCAACAAACCUCUUAUAAAAAAUACUCCACGAUCAUAAUACUUCAGGGUGUUAUUUGUUGAAUUUAGCACCUGUUUUCUGUUUGAAUCACAAAAUAUAUUCUAUUUGUUGAUGUCGUAUGCUCUGAUAUAAAUAUACAUAUCAAUGUAUCACUAACUUCAGUAGUAGAAUUUACUUUAGAUCAAUUGUAUAAAAUAUUUACUGUACAGAAGAACUGUACUCAAAAUCGAUUGCCAUAGAAUUGUACUCUAAUAUCAGAUUUAUGAAAUAAAUUGCAGUAAAACCCUCUUAA